AUUUUGUUCAAUUAUCUCGGGUAUAGAAAGUGUCAGGCCCGCUCCGAGAUUCCCUCAAAAACUCGCCAUUUCUAAUUUUCUCGAUCCUUCUAGCCUUGGGACCGCGGUAGUAUUGGUCAGCAGUUGUAUGCGUGACGGUUAAGAAAGCAAAGAUGGCGCACUCUAUGGUAACUGGAUCCAUACAUCAUGCAGGCGAAACAAUUUAGCCAGAAAGGACUUUAGAAAGUUUCUUACAGGAAUGUCAGAGAUAAAGCGAGUAAAACCGGCUCGUAGGUCGUCUAAUUCGAGCAUUUCAUCGCGAGCAUCAAACGUGUCGUUCUCGGAGAAGGUUCGAAGAGAAUCGACUGCAAAAUUUGAUAAUUUUAUGAAGGAAUGCCGUGCCGCUUACCUGGCUGUUUUAAGUAGCACUACAGAAAAGAUUACAUCCAUUGAUGAAUUGAUCCUAGCACUUCAAUUUGGUGGAAGGAAUCCUUCUCGGAAGUUUGCUGAAAAAUAUUGGAAGCAUAAUACAGACAGUAUAUCUUACAAUGAUUUCUGUGACAUUAUGAGGAAAGAGAAGCCUCUUGACAAGGACUCUAUGCUGAAAGCAUUCAAAUGUAUUGAUACUAAUGGCGAUGGAUUCAUAACACAUGAUGAAUUGUUUAGACUUUUGACUAAGCAAGGAGAACGUAUGACUAAAUCUGAGGUGCAAGCAAUUCUAGAUGAUGCUGAUGUAAACAAUGAUGGAAAGCUGGAUUAUAAUGAGUUUGCAGCACUACUUGUCUCUACAGCAGAGGAUUGUAAACAGAAAAGUCUAAAGAAACUAGCAAGAGCUGAUGAUGAUGUUGCUUCUUCUCCUGCACCAUAUUCUGCUAAAAGACAGUCCACAAAUAGAAAAACCCUGCAGGAGCCUGAAAACCUGAAGGAUUGGAAUAAAGGAAGUAGUAAGGGUAGUUUCUUUAUCGACAGAUAUGGAAUGAUUUCAAGUCAUCAUUAUAAACUGCACCUCACAAAGGACUCUGAAGUCUUUGUCACCAUCCAAUCUACUAAAAACAAGAAAGAUCAACUGAGAACAAUAGACAUGGCAGUGUUUUGUGUAGACAAGAAUUCAGAACUGGUUGCAUUUACAGCAUCCAAGCUUGGACCAAAAUUUUGUUUUCGCUGUGAGCUGGAAGGAGGGACAUACAGUUUGAUAACUUUCACUACUGGUUGUCGACUCUCCAUUAGAAAAGCAGAACCUGCCAAACAAGUGAAACUUACUACAGGCCAUGGAGAAAACCUCCAGCUUAGCAAGAUAUUUGAAGAAGCACUGUCUGAAAUCUUUGACAGUUGUGACCUUGAUGGGAAUGGAUCUUUAAGUAGAGAAGAAUUCGACUUGUUCCAGUUUAAAUCUGGUGGAGACCUUUGUGAUGAUGAUGCAUGGGAAAUUAUGAAAGAUAAUUUUGAAAUGGAGGAUGAUGAGAUAACUCUGAAAGGAUUCCUGGACCUGAACAUGAUGGAAGCACAAGAUGCAGAUGGUGAUCCUAACGACUUAUGGCUGACUCUUGAAAACAUGGGCUAUAACAAAGCUCUUGAGUUAGAUCAGGCAAAUCCAUUCUUGCUUGAGGUGUACUGUAACAGGUGCAGGCCAUCAAUUCAAGUAAAUUCAGUGGUGGAGAACAAAAAUGAAGCUGUGCAUAAAGCUGUAGUAUCAUCAGUGUUAAACAAUGUUACCAAAAAGGAGAAUAUAAAAGGAAUGAGGGACCUGGUUUUGUUCAAGUAUGAAAGUUCCAUUAGAGUGACCCUGGUGUUACAAAAUAUGUCCCACAGUGAUGUUGUUGUCAGAGUUGACUGUCGCUCCAGCAAGAAUUGUUUAAGCCACAGAGGUGAUCUAGACUACACAAUCCAACUAGAUGCUAACAGCACUGAGGUUGUUCAUCAUUUUGUACCCCAGGAUGUGCGCAGGGAAAUGUUUGUGAAAUAUUCUUUGACGAUAGAACAAUGAUCUUCUUUGUUCCAAAAAAAGAAAUACAGCAGGCCAUGAAAAAUGAAAAAUUCCACAUGAAGCUUCAUUUUUAGAAAACUGACAACACAAAUGAAGGCUCAAAAGAUGUGAGCUUAGCAUGUACAAGGGUGCAACCACCCUUAAAGAUGUAGUGUUUGCACUGAUGACGCUAAUACCUAUUGACCACUUUUCAUUUUUCAAGAAAAUUAGUUUUAAUUUCGAACCUAGCCAAGAUAAGCGUAUGGAAAGUUUUUUUUCUUAAUCAA